AUGUUUAACCUCAAUAGAACCCUAAUAUAUCUCAAGGGAUUAACUCCACUAUCCCCAAACCCUAUUCCUCUUCUCCACCACUACCCAUCACCAUUUUCUCUGCAUUUCUGCACCAACACUUUCGAUUCAACCUCAUUUGCCGCCUCCUACCUCACCCAGAAUUUCGGUUUCUCCCCACAAUCUGCUUCCAAACUUUGCUCCACCCACCGUCUCCGAUUCAAAACCUCCCAAAAACCUGACACUGUUCUCAACCUCUUCAAAAACCACGGUUUUUCAGACUCCCAACUUCACAGCAUGAUUGCAAAGGCACCCGGCUUACUUUCCUGCAACCCCUCCAAAAGGAUCUUACCAAAGUUUCAAUUUUUACUCUCCAAAGCUGCUUCUAACUCCGACAUUGUUAACCUUGUCAGUAAGAACCCUAGAGUCUUGUCUCCUAGCUUGAAGAAUCAUAUAGUCCCAACCUAUGAAUUGAUUUAUAGAUUCUUGCAAUCAGACAAGGACGUUAUUGCUUCUGCAAUUCAGAAUACAGACUUACUCUGUGCUCAUCGUGUGCGACGGAACAUCACAAUGCUGAUUGAGAAUGGAGUGUCGGACUCGAAUAUUGCAAGAUUGCUCAGGAUUCGGAGUUGGAUAUUAAGCGCACGCGACAUGCUGAAGUUUGUGGAGGAAGUGAAGAAUUUGGGGUUUAAUCCUUCGAAAAUAAACUUCUCGAUAGCAUUGAUUGCCAAAAUACCGGUAAGCAAAAACUUGUGGCAGGAAAAAGUUGAAACCUUUAAGAAGUGGGGUUGGUCGGAUGAAGAUGCUCUGGAAGCAUUUAGAAAGAAACCUUAUUGUAUGUUAACAUCCAUUGAUAAAAUAAAUUUAGUGAUGAGCUUUUGGGUGAAUCAGUUGGGUUGGGAUGCUAUGGCCAUUGCGAAAACACCAUAUGUUUUAUCGUUAAGUUUGGAAAAAAGGAUCAUUCCGAGGGCCGCUGUUGUGCAAUAUCUUCUCGGUAAAGGUUUGACGAAAAAGAGUGCAAGCUUAACUAGUCCAUUUGUAGUGUCCGAGAAGAUGUUUCUGGAUAAGUUUGUAAAACGUUUUAAGAAAGAGUCUUCUUAUCUAUUAAAGUUGUAUGAGGAAAAACUCAAUCCUGCGUACACUAGGGAUGAUAAGACAUGCAUGCCCUAA